CCGCAGCUGUUAACAUCAGAACUAAUCUGAAGUCCUCUGGCGUGUGCUUCAGGAGGGGAGCAGACAGCUUGUGAUCAGAGUCACAUUUGUAGUUCUCAUUUUUUCCCCGUGGUACAAGUGCCACCACCAAUUGUUUUUCACAGUCAACUUUUGAGAACAUUGAGAUAAUUUGGCAUUUAAAUUUACACAUGUUUUGGUGAGCUUUAAAGUCUUCAGAGAAUCACAUUCUUCCCUCUUGAAGGAGCAUCUGCCAUUGGAAACAUCUCCCGUGCCCUUCUUGAAACUCUCUGUUCUGCUCCCGAGAAUGGCAGUGAAGAGCUUUGAAGUUUGGGAUUAUGUUGUGUUUGCAGGCCUCUUCGUCAUUUCCUCUGGAAUUGGAGUGUUCUUUGCCAUAAAGGAGAGAAAAAAGGCAACAUCUCGAGAAUUCUUGGUAGGAGGGAGGCAAAUGAGCUUCGGCCCCGUAGCUUUGUCUCUGACUGCCAGCUUCAUGUCAGCUGUCACUGUCCUCGGGACUCCUGCUGAAGUCUACCGCUUUGGGGCAGCCUUCUUCCUGUUCAUCAUUGCGUAUGCGUUUGUGGUCUUCUUCACAUCUGAACUCUUUCUUCCCGUGUUCUAUAGAUCUGGCAUCACAAGCACCUAUGAGUACCUGCAGUUACGAUUCAACAAACCAGUUCGAUACGCAGCAACAGUCAUCUACAUUGUGCAGACGAUUCUCUACACGGGAGUCGUGGUUUACGCCCCUGCUCUGGCUCUUAAUCAAGUGACUGGGUUUGAUCUCUGGGGCUCUGUGUUUGCAACAGGAAUCGUUUGCACAUUCUACUGUAGUUUGGGAGGUUUAAAAGCAGUGGUGUGGACAGAUGCAUUUCAGAUGGUUGUCAUGAUUGUGGGCUUCUUAACAGUUCUCAUUCAAGGAUCAAGUCAUGCCGGUGGGUUCCACAAUGUGUUAGAACAUGCAAGAAAUGGAUCCCGGCUACACGUAAUUGACUUUGAUGUAGAUCCCCUCAGACGACAUACUUUUUGGACAAUUACAAUAGGAGGAACUUUUACUUGGCUUGGUAUCUAUGGAGUUAACCAAUCAACUAUCCAGAGAUGCAUCUCUUGCAAAACAGAAAAGCAUGCUAAACUUGCCUUGUACUGCAACUUGUUGGGUCUCUGGCUGAUUGCGGUAUGUGCUGUCUUCUGUGGUUUGAUCAUGUACUCGAACUUCAAAGACUGUGAUCCUUGGACUUCUGGUGCUAUUUCCGCACCAGACCAGUUGAUGCCAUAUUUUGUCAUGGAGAUUUUUUCCACUGUGCCAGGGCUGCCAGGACUUUUUGUGGCUUGUGCCUUUAGUGGAACUCUGAGCACAGUGGCUGCCAGCAUCAACGCCUUAGCAACAGUGACCUUUGAGGAUUUUGUCAAGAGCUGUUUUCCACAUCUCUCCGACAAGAAGAGUACCUGGAUCAGUAAAGGCUUAUGUCUUUUCUUUGGUAUUUUGUGUACCUCCAUGGCUGUGGUUGCAUCCUUUAUGGGGAGUGUUAUACAGGCUGCCCUCAGCAUCCUCGGCAUGUGUGGAGGGCCGAUGCUAGGUUUAUUUACUCUGGGUAUCAUGUUCCCUUUUGUAAACUGGAAGGGUGCACUAGGAGGCCUCCUUACUGGAAUCACAUUGUCAUUUUGGGUUGCCAUUGGGGCUUUCAUUUACCCUGCACCAGAGUCUAAGACAUUACCUUUACCUCUAUCAACAGAGCAGUGUGUCCAAUUAAAUAUAACAACAACAGUAGGUCCACAGCUUCCUAGCAGACCUGCCUUAGCUGACACAUGGUACUCACUCUCCUACCUUUACUAUAGUGCUGUGGGCUUCCUGGGAUGCAUGAUUGCUGGAAUAAUCAUCAGCUUCCUGACAGGCAGGCAAAGAGGCAAAGAUAUUGACCCACUUUUAAUAAGACCAGUUUGCAAUUUAUUUUGCUUUUGGUCUAAGAAAUACAAAACUCUGUGCUGGUGUGGAGUUCAGCAUGACCAGGAAACAGAGCAGGAUUACCUUGACAGUGGCAGUGCCUGGAAACAGGGCACUGAAUCUGCCCUACAGAAUGGACUCAAUCAAGAAAGCCUGGCCCAGAUUCCAGACUACAACCCCAAGGACAAAAAUUACAGCAGCAGUGCACAGAAGACUACACAUUUCUAGGACAAUAUAUGCAACUGAUAAUAUUCUCUGUCCCUCUGUCUCCCUCCCUCCCUCCCUCUUUUCCUCCCUCCCAUCCUCUCUCCCUCCCUCUCUCCCUCCCUCUCUGUACAUCCACCCUCUCUCCCCCACACAUGUACACACAUACUCCAUGACAUUCCUCCCUCUUAUAGAAUUGUGUAUAGAUUCUUUUCAGAAAACAAAGAUGACCAAUACCUAUUUUUUUUUUGGUUUUACGAGACAGGGUUUCCCUGUAUUGUUUUGGAGGCUGUCGGUCCAGCCUGGCCUCGAACUCACAGAGAUCCGCCUGCCUCUGCUUCCCGAGUGCUGGGAUUAAAGGCGUGUGCUGACCAAUACCUUUUUAUAUUUAUUUAUAGAAAUGAUAAGACUGUUUCUUGGGAUACUAUUUGUGAAGCCCAAAUUUCAGGUGAGAAAAAUCAGACCUAGGCCAGAAGUGCCUGAUACUACAUAACUAAAUAGGGACCGAAUUUUAUCAUUAUGCACGGAGUCAAAGUCUUUUUGCUUCCUAUCAGAUUAAAUCUCAGGGUUUGUUGUUUGUUUGUAGGUUUAUAUUUUGUUUUGUUGUGGUGAAUUAAGCACAGGACCUUAUUCCUAUAAAAUACCUGCCUGACUAUUGACCGUAGGCCACAUUUUGAAGUCUUAAUCAUUAAAAUAUCCUGGUGGAGGUAGAGACUAAACAUACAGGAAAAUCUGUGUAUUCAAUGCUUCUUUGACAUGGCUGACAAAACAGGGAUGACAUCAUCUCUAACCUCAUGUCUUACAUGUAUGUAGACAGGUAUACAUAUCCAUGCCUUCCAUGUGGCCUCAGCUAGAACAUUUAACUUCUAUCAGUAUCCUCACACUGCCUCCUUUAUAUGUUAUUUUAGUGAUUCUUGCUGCUAAAACUAUUGUAGCUAAAAUUUAAGGAUAAUUAUACUAAGUAAAGGAGGAGAAAAAUCAGUCUUCUCAGUGGGGGUAAAUCACAUCUAAAUAGACAAUUUACUUUGCACUGUUGAGAAAGUGUUUCCUCUCCAUCACUUUAAAAUAAUAAAUUUGGAGCUAGAAAAAUGGUUCAGUAGUUAGGAGAACUUCUUGGCCUUCCAGAGGACCUGAGGUAAAUUCCAAGCACCCAAGUUGAGUAUCUUACAGCUGCCUAUAAAUCCAGCUCCAGAGAAUCGGUACUUUUUGUGAUGUCCAUUGGCAGUCACAUUCAUGUACAUAUAGCCACAAACAGACACAUACACCUACUAAUAGUAAAGAAUUUAAACAUUUCUUUUAAGUAAAAACACUCUGUGAUUACCCAGAAGUCAAGAGUCUAAUCUAUAAAGCUGAAUAAAGGGAAACACUCUUUAUAAAAAGCUGUGAGGUCAGCCAGAAUUUUAUAAAUGAACCUUGCAAGGAACUUACUAUCCAUAGCAGAGGUAUUUAAUCAUGGAGUCUUAUUCACUAUCCACAGAACCCCUCCAUGUCACAGGUACAAGAUCAAGUCACCUCAUCAGACUGUAUUACUUUAAUCCAGGAGAAUAGCUUUAAAGUUCUGAAGCAAAGUUAUUACAAAGUAAAAGGUGAUUUGACAAAUGGAGUUGCAGUGAAACUGUUGGAAGAAGAAAAUAGACUAUUACAAGGAAAAUGAAAAGAAAAAACAAUGUCCAAGGAAUUAGAUUAUAACAAUAUUAGCAGCUAAUAUGUAUGCAGAAUACGUUUACAUGCCUAUGUGUAUGUUCAUAGUAACACAUAUGUAAGUGAUUUGGAAGCCAUUUUAAGGGUUGUAAACUUUAACCUGGAACUUCACAAAAGCAGAAUAUCUCAAUUUUUUUCAUUUUACCAAAAAUUCACCUAAGGCUACCUCAUUAAAUCAACACUUACCUUAGAGUUAUAUUUAAAAUAUUUUUUGUUUUCUUUCAGUAUAUAUUUUUCUUAGAGUAUUAUCAAAAGUACUCAAUUAAAAUGACCUACAACCAUUUUAUUAUAGAAAUGGUGUAGUCUCCUUUUGUAUAAUAAACUAUAAGGUACAAUUAGAGAAAAUAUAUAGACCUUUUCAAACUCUGAGUAGAGGUUCCCUUUUACUCAUUCAAACAAAUAGGCCUUCAUGUAGACAGCAGAAAGAAAUCUGAAAAAGUAAACAUAUCAUAGUGGUGAACGAUGGAUAAUUAGUACUAUUUAAAAUUACUUCUUUUAAAAAUAAAUUCAGAAUGACAAGCACUGAAAUGAGCUCUGGAAUAUUUCCUAUGAGUGGGGUGCAAGAUGGUCUUCUACUUUGGAAACCUUUCUGUAAACUUUAGAGACUAAAAUGGACCUAUCAGUAACAAGUAAACAGAUGUUAUAAUAAGCUUAACUGUAUCAUAUACAAGGCCAUUCUUUUCAAUGUUUCAGAUACGGUACACAGUGUUUGGCUUAUAUGGGCUUUAAGGUAUAUACACACAAAACCAUAAAUACACAGGAUAAAAAAGAGUCUCACUUAUUUUUAAGUGUUCAAAGAUGAACUGAACUUGUUUGCUAUUUGGAUAGAAAGAAAGUUGUGUUCACAAUUGAAGCUGAGGAAACAACUGCAAAGGAGACUUGCUUUUGUACCUAGGUCACAUAUUCCCACAUUGCCCCCACAGUCUCCAGAGCCUUGCUUCUGCUAAUAUUUUGAAGUUGGAUUUGUUUUCCUUUCUGCUCGUUCAACGCCUUGUUUCUCACUUCAAUAAAGGCACCAAAAGAGUAGUGUCUAUUCAAACUCUAGCUUCAAAAUAUAGUGAAUUUGGCCUAAGGUGUUUAACUAAUAACAUUAGGUAGAAUAGAGACUAUGAGACUCAGGUAUGGUUAGCCAUCCAGACCACAAUUAUAUUUCUUUUGUUUUCUUUUCCAACUAUCAAUUUAGGAAUGUUACUUUUUCAAAAAUAAAGAGCAAAGAUACUGUUUUAUUUUACAUCCUAAGAUUAAAGUUGGAAAAAUGAAUUGAAGAAGUCAGGGAAGAUAGGGGCUAAUUUUGCCUUGCCUUCUCAGGGAAAGACAAAGAAAAGCUGCAUGCUGACUGUUCACUGUCACUAAGGGCUGCCACUUACAGUCAAGAAAUGCUAAAGCAACUUAAUCAGCUGUACAGCUCACCAAUUACAAUGACAUAAGUGGAUUUAGUCUUCUAUUCCCUGGCUAGACAUUAAAUUAGCCCUGAGUGGGAGACAUUUGCAAACAACCUACCUGCUUUCACAAUUUCUUUUUCUUUUGUUUUUUUAUAAAGCUACUGUGGAUGACACAGGGAUGGUCUUUAGGAAGAAAGCUGUUAAAUAUAGUCACAAAUAUAAUUUCCAAGAUGGCAAUCUUGAUGGGAAGAAAAUUAUCACCUCUACAAAAACAAAAGUCCAAAUUAGUAGGAACUUGGGCUGAUCAAUAAUUCAAGCUAAAGACAAAUUAGUUCUAUGUGAUUUUGGCACACUUUGCUUUGAGUAGAAAUGUUUAUAGGAAAACAUUUAACUUUCCAAAUGAAACCAGGAGUUUUGGUUUCCUCAAAAUGUUUUUCCUUGAAGCUCCAAAAAUAGAAGAAGUAAGGUAAGAUGUUAACCUGACUCUUUCUGUAAAAUCCAGAAGGUUGUUUCGAAGUCAUUGUGAUAAGUAAUUUGGGGAAAAUUGAGUACAACCAUCUGGUGACAUUUUUUAAAACUUGCCCAGUUGAACAAUUAAUCUAUCCACAUGUAUCAGUUAGGUUAUUCAACAAGCAGAACUAAUUUUCAAGUUGAACUAUCAAGUUUAAACCCAAAACGGAUAAGUUGGUAAUUCUUAGUUACAGGAUAAGAGUAUCCUUGCACUGCAUUUGUGCUUAAUUUCCUAUCCCAUCUCAGGAAUAUUAUGCUGGUUAAUUCCACAAUGUAUUGUCAGAACAGUGUUCAAAUCCUCAGCUCCUUGGCUCACACCUUAAGCUGUUGUAUUAGGGUUUUUAUUGCUGUGAGGAGACACCAUGACUAUGACAACUCUUAUAAGGAUAACAUUUAAUUUAGGUGGCUUUCUGACAGUUCAGAGGGUCAGACCAUUAUUAUCAUUGUGGAAAGCAUGGUGGCAUACAGGCAGACAUGGUCUGGAGCAGAGAGUAUUACAUUUUGUAGGCAACAGGAAAUCAGUUGAGACGCUGGUUGACAUUCUGAGCACAGGAAACCUCUAUGCUCACUCCCACAGUGACAUACUUCCUCCAAGACCACACCUACUCCUCCUAAUCAUGCCACUCCCUAUAAGAUACUGUGGAGGGCAGUUGCAUGCAAACUGCCACAAUUGCCUGGCAUGUUCUGGAGGUCUGAAUGAAUAAUGCUUCUUAUAGGUUUAUGUGUUUGAACCCUUAGUACCCAAUUUGGUAGUUCUGUUUGUGGAAGUUAUAGAAUCUAUAGGAGGUGGAACCUUGCUGGACAAAGUAUGUCACUGAGAUUGGUUAUUAAAGUUUAUAGCCUUAACCCAUUUCAUGUUCUCUUACUAUACUUACUGUGUGUGGAUGAAAAAAAUGUAAUCAGCAGGUAUCUUGCUUGCUACUAUGCGUUUGUUGCCAUGAGGAUUCUAUCCCCAUGGAACCAUAGACUAAAAUAAAGCUUUUCUUCCAUAAAAGAA